CGACGCUCUCUCUCGACCUCAACUCAGUCCUCGAUUUGCCUCCUGCCAUCAACUUGGAAGGCCAAGACGAAUACACCCGCCGGCAAUGCAGCGUUUCGCCUCCCUCGUAUUGGUAAUUGCCACCAUGUUGCCACUAGCACAAAGUUACACGAACCCCAUCACCGUCAAGGGCUACAAAAUGUUCGACGCCAAAACUGGCGAAGCGUUUGCCGUUAAAGGCAUAGACUACUACCCACGCCCCAACACGGGAGACCUGAACGCCAACAACCUCGACUUCUUCACAGACGACAACGAAGAUAUCUGGGGCCCGGACAUCGAAUACCUUGCGGCGACCGGCGCCAACGCCGUCCGUCUGUACGCCGUGGAUCCAUCCAAACCACACGAUCUCUUCAUGUGUGCGCUGCGUGCUAAAGGCUUGUACGCACUAGUGGACCUCGGAGCGAGUUGUGAGAACUGUUCCAUCACUUUGGACGAGUAUCCGACAUGCUACCCCAGUGCACUGAAAACUCGAGGUGAACAAAUUAUCUCCGAGUUCGCACAGUACGACAACGUGCUGGCAUUCAGUGCUGGCAAUGAAGUGAACCAUAUUGUCGACGAUGCGUGGACUAACGCCCCGUGUCAAAAGAAAUUCAUUAGAGAUAUGAGAGCUUUCCUUGGAGGUUGCUCCAGUUUCCGUGAUAUUCCAGUGGGGGUGGUUAUGGCCGACCCGGACACGACCAAUAACAACCGAGAGAUCAAUGCCAAGUACUAUAACUGCAGAACCGACUCAAGUGACGAGUACGAGAAUGCACAAUGGUACGGACUUAAUACGUAUCAAUACUGUGAUGCAGACAUUACGGAGUUGGCAUCGUCGGGGGGAUUCGAGAAACUAUUGAUGGACUUUUCGUCCUAUGACAUGACUAUCCCCGUUAUGCUCACGGAAUUCGGCUGUGUGAACCCGAGCUUCCCAACGGUAGAUGGAUAUGAAGCUCAACGCACAUGGCUUCAAGCUGGGUGGAUGUUUGACUCAACCUUCCGUGACGUGUUUGCCGGAGGUUUUGCCUUUGAGUACUCGACGGAAAAUGCCAAUGCUAAGGAUGAAUCGCCCUACCCGUUCACGAGCUACGGUGCACAAAACUAUGGACUGGGCUAUUUUUCGCCAGAGGAUUGUGACCACGAAUCGGUUCCGUGUGUCUACAAUCCAAUGCCAAAUUUUGAUAGCUUGGCAAAGCAAUACAAUGCAACGGAUGUAUCGGGGGAGAGCACUAUGGAAGAUUUCACCCCUGACCGAACCACGAUUCCGUCGUGUCCGGAUGGCUUUGCUGCUCUUGCUGAUGUCACGUGGGAGGCGGACAGUGUUGAAAGUUUGACAUGCCCGUCUACGGCUCAACAGUAUGAGUGCCCAGACCAGGAGCCUAGCGGAGACUGGGCCAGUGACGCUGGAUCGAGCUCAACCACAUCAUCGAAAACUUCGGAUAACACAAAGGAGGGUGGAGACUUCAAUACGGACAAGUCGGGAACGGGUAGUACUGACGGUGGUAACACCAGUUCCACGUCCUCGACCAUGACCCGGUCCGUUGUAAUGGCUGUCAUCGUUACAGCCCUUGCUGGUAUUUUGAUCUAAAGAGAUCGAUAAAAUUGGUAAGAAUAUCUCGAAUUAGCCUGAAAAUUGGUGUGAGAAGAGAACGUUGAUCUCCAAUUUGGAGGUUGUUGGAGUCCGAAAGAUAGUAAGACAAGCUGAGUUUAGAAAACAAGAACGUUCUUGUAGCCGAAAAUGGUACAACUUGAAGGCAGAAAAUAGUCUGGUCACUGAUGAGCAAAGGUACCUUGUCAGUUCUCUGUGUCAUUAUUGAAAAGCUAUCGUACC